AUCCAACUCAGUCACACGGGAGAGAGAGAGAGAGAGAGAGAGAGAGAGAGAGAGAAGGGUCUCGUCUCUUUCAACUCCCUCGAGACCAGCCGAUGCCAUCAACGACUUUUUUUUUUUUGGCCCUUUCUUUCUCGGCUUGGAGCUGGCGAUGCCAACAAAGACAAGACAGGUGAGCGAGUCAAGGAGAAGAGAUUAUCCAUAGGACAUGCAAAGCCCGCUCUCUCAGAAUCUAACACCAUCACUCUCUCUCUCUCUCUCUCUCUCUCUCUCUCUCUCUCUCUUUCAAGUCCCCCAGCCUUCUCCAUCGAAAGCUUCUCUCUCUCUCUUCCCAACGUUUUCAAUUUCUUUAGCUCCCGUCAAGCAUGGCGUGAUUUCCAUCAAUAAUCGCCCCAAUGCCCCAUUUAUAAUCCCAUAGAGCUCCAUCACCUUCUCUCUCCAUCCCAAAAAUGGCGAUACCCACUUCUCUCUCUUGCCUUCUCUUCACUCUCCUCUCCUUCUCUCCUGCAUUGGCGAGCUCCCGCACCUUCACCACCACCACCGUCCUUGACGUCAGUUCUUCUCUCCAUAGAGCCUUCAGCGUCCUCUCCCUCGACCCUAAAACGAUACCGCCUCGCCAACACGAAGAAACCCACCCCUCUUCCUCUACUUCCUUCACGCUCCAGCUGCAUUCGCGGGCUUCGCUUCAAAAACCUUCGCAGAGGGACUACAGGUCCUUCACAUUGGCCCGGCUGGAGCGCGACUCCGCCCGAGUCAAGUCCCUCGCGGCUCGCUUAGAUCUGGCCCUCAAUGGCAUUGCCAAAUCAGAUCUGAAGCCCCUCGACGCGAGCACGGAGAGAGAAAUCGGAGCCCAAGGUUUCGAGAGUCCGGUGGUGUCCGGGACGAGCCAAGGGAGUGGCGAGUACUUCUCGCGGCUCGGCGUCGGCGACCCACCGAGCCAGGUCUACAUGGUCAUCGACACCGGGAGCGAUGUCAACUGGGUGCAGUGCGCCCCCUGCGCCGACUGCUACCAGCAAGCCGACCCCAUCUUCGAGCCGGCUUCCUCGGCUUCCUUUUCCCCUCUCUCCUGCGACACCCGACAAUGCAGGUCGCUCGACAUCUCCCAGUGCCGCAACGGAAGCUGCCUUUACGAGGUCUCCUACGGCGACGGCUCCUACACCGUCGGCGACUUCGUGACGGAGACCAUCACCCUCGGCUCCACUCGGCUCAGGGACGCGGCGAUCGGCUGCGGCCACAACAACGAGGGGCUGUUCGUCGGCGCCGCCGGACUGCUCGGUCUCGGCGGCGGCUCGCUGUCGCUCCCGUCCCAGCUCAACGCAUCCUCCUUCUCCUACUGCCUCGUGGACCGCGACUCCGACUCGGCCUCGACCCUCGAGUUCGGCUCGCCCCUGCCGCCCAACUCCGUCACUGCGCCGCUGAUCCGGAACCCCCAUCUCGACACCUUCCUCUACCUGGGCCUCACCGGAAUCAGCGUCGGCGGCGACCCGUUGCAGCUCCCGGAGACGGCCUUCCAGCUCGAUCGCGACGGCAGCGGCGGGAUCAUCGUCGACUCGGGCACGGCGGUCACGCGCCUGCGGGCGGAGGUGUACGAGGCGAUGCGCGACGCGUUCGCGAGGGGCGCGCGGGGGCUGCCGGCGGCGGAGGGCUUCGCGCUGUUCGACACGUGCUACGACCUGUCGUCUAAGGGAAGCGUGGAGGUGCCGGCGGUGGCGCUGCGGUUCGGGGACGGGAAGGAGUGGGCUUUGCCGGCGAAGAACUACAUGAUACCGGUGGACUCGAACGGCACGUUCUGCUUCGCGUUCGCGCCUACGUCGUCGGCGAUGUCGAUACUGGGGAACGUGCAGCAGCAGGGGACACGUGUGGGUUUCGACCUAAGGAGGUCGCUGAUCGGGUUCGUGCCCAAUAAAUGCUGAGCGGCUCGUCGUGGGUUUCUUGGCGUCUGCUGAAUUGGCGGUUAUGCCCCUGGACGAGUCGACGUGGCACGAGCCAUGAGCUUGAGCCGAGCCUAGUUUUUCGUUUUACUGGUUAGGC